AUGAGUGCAGCUGGUAAAAAGAUGUUAGAAGAAAUAUUAUCAAAGCCUAUUGAGCAUAUGAUUUUAUCCAAAAAAAUGCCACCAAAUAAAGAAGCCCUGAAAUUAUAUAGAGAGAUUCUUAAAUUUUCAAAUUAUUUUUAUUGGAAUAAUACAAAAGGAGAAAAUUGGGGUGAAAUUAUCAGAAAAAGCGCUAGAAGAGAAUUUGAAAUUGGAAAAAGUGAAAGCGAUCCAUUAAUAGCUAUGAAAAUGAUUAUGACUACAAGAGAGUCACUGCAAAAAACAAAAGAAAAAAUGAAUGAUGCUUAUUUUAAAUUGCACCAAACUGUUGAUGAGACAAGAAAUAACUGA